AGGCGAAAAUGGAUCAGCACAGCGCGGACAAUUGCAAGUGCCACAAGCAGACGCAGCCUGCACAGCAGACGCUCAGCGACAUGGACUUUGAUCGGGGCAUCUGGAAUGCAGCCAUCUACAACGAAGUGGAGCGUGUGAGGGAUUUCAUCAAGAAGGGCCAGUCCAUGGCCCGUGAUGAGUGCGAUUAUACGGCUUUGCACUACGCCUCCCGCAAUGGCAAUGAGCAGAUCUGCAAGCUCUUGCUAGACGAGGGCAAGGUGGAUGUGAAUGCAGUGACCAAGGCAGGAGCCACCUCCCUGCAUAGAGCAGCCAUGAUGGGCCACUUGGAGAUUGUAAAGCUUCUCUCAGAACACAAGGCUAAUCUUCUGCUCCAGGAUGAGUGCGGGCAGACGGCCCUGCAUCGGGCUGCCUCGCGCGGCCAGCUGGAGGUGUGCCGCUACCUGCUGCAGAAGGAACCAACCCUGAAGCUGGUCAAGGACAAAAAGGAUAAAAUUGCAUUUGAAUACAUCAUGGAGAACGCCAAUGAUGACUUUAAGCUACUGCUCAAGUCCUAGAAGGAGCAGCAGCAGCAGCAUCAGCAGCAUUAAUGUAUUUUCUGUAGUUUAAGCACUAAAAGUUACAUUUUCUUUUUAAAACCUCUAUAUAUUGUUUAUUUUCCUUAUAUAAAAUUGCACUCGAUAUAUCGUUGUAAAAGUGUAGUUUACAAAUUGCAAAUACUUUUCCAGUUGUGUGUUUGAGAAAUCGAUUGUAUAUGGAAAGUAAUCUUAAUAUUGGCAUAGUCAAAGAUAACCUAGUAUGAAUAUAACCUAAAUAGACUAUAUAUACAUGCCUAAUAAACAUGAAACAUGUGCAAGUAAUUUAGACUAGAAAAGAAGGUUAAAGAGACAGACGCUUUCGAGGGAAAGCUGUGCAGAAAUCCCUGUUCUUAAAGUCGUAAUACAUAUUCAAAUAAGUUAAUAUCACAUCAGAGAGUCGUGUUGAAAUGUUGCAGAAUUAAGGAAAUUUAUAUUAAACACCAACACAGCCUCCCUCCUUUCCCUCACAACACACACACACUCAUCGUCAAGAUAUAAAACUAUAUGCUACAUAUAUAAAACCUAUAUUAUCUGAAUAAAUUCCUGAAAAACGCACUCAA